GCCUCUCCGGUUGCUGCCGACUGAUCGAGUUAGUUUAGUAGCCGGCAGAGUAUGCGUCCGAUCAAGUUCGUUGCUCUUGAUCGCUGGAGUGUAUUUUCAUUGAUAAGUUUAAAGUGCCAUUUCAUUCUUUGGCAAAAUGUACCUUUCUUUGGUGAAGUCGAAAAUUAAAAGUGGUACUAUAUCGAUGACUUCGAGAUCGUGUGCAACUGUUAUACUUGAGAACGUGAAGCCCUUCAAUCAAAUCCCAGGCCCUCGAGGCCCCUUUGGAUUGGGGAAUCUGUAUCAGUACAUUCCAGGAAUCGGAAAAUACAGCUUCGAUGCCCUGCAUGAGUCUGGCAAAGACAAGUACGAAAAGUAUGGUUCCAUCGUACGAGAAACCAUGGUGCCCGGUCAGGAUAUCGUUUGGCUGUACGACCCGAACGACAUUGCCGCGGUAUUGAACGACAAAACGCCUGGGAUCUAUCCUUCGCGGCGAAGUCAUACCGCUCUGGCGAAGUACCGAAGAGAUCGUCCCGAUGUGUAUCGCACGGCUGGCCUGCUGGCGACAAACGGAAUCGAAUGGUGGAAGAUACGCUCGGAGCUACAGAAGGGACUGAGUUCGCCGCAGAGUGUGAGAAACUUUCUGCCGUUGACGGAUAAGGUCACGCGAGAGUUCGUCGCUAGCAUGAAGUCCACCGAUAAGGACUGCGUUCCCGAUUUCAUGCCCGCGAUAUCGAGGCUUAAUUUGGAAUUGAUCUGUCUCAUGGCCUUCGAUGUACGAUUGGAUAGUUUCUCCGAUGAACAAAUGAAACCCAACUCCCUAUCGUCGCGCCUGAUGGAAUCUGCUGAAGUUACCAACCAGAGUAUCCUUCCCACUGAUCAGGGUUUCCAACUGUGGAAAUACUUCGAGACUCCAGCCUAUCGAAAGCUCAGGAAAGCUCAAGAAUUCAUGGAAAAGACUGCCGUUGAGUUAGUGUCGCAAAAGUUACUCUACUUUGACGAAGAUCAACAGAAGCUAGCUUCCGGACAACACCGAUCGCGAUCACUUCUGGAAGAAUACCUGCGCAACCCCAAUUUGGAGUUGCACGACAUCAUCGGUAUGGCAGCCGACCUUCUGUUGGCCGGUGUUCACACGAGUUCCUACACGACGGCAUUUGCCCUGUACCAUCUGUGUCUGAAUCCAGACGCUCAGGAUAAACUCUACCAGGAAGCGUGUAAAAUCCUUCCGGACCCGUGGGAGUGUCAAAUCGAUGCUGCUGCACUGAACUCAGAAGCAACCUACUGUCGAGCCGUCCUGAAGGAAUCUCUCCGGCUCAACCCCAUCUCGAUUGGCGUCGGACGCAUACUGAACAAGGAUGCCGUCCUGGGAGGUUUCCACGUGCCAAAGGGAACAGUUGUCGUUACCCAGAACUUGGUAUCCUGUCGGCAAGAACGAUACUUCAAGAAUGCCAGCAAAUUCAUUCCGGAGCGAUGGAUGCGCGAUACCAAGGAGAUCGUAAAUCCCUACCUGGUGCUUCCGUUCGGCCACGGGAUGCGAUCGUGCAUUGCGCGACGGAUGGCCGAGCAGAACAUGUUGGUACUGCUGCUGAGAUUGAUUCGAUCGUACGAGAUCGAUUGGAAGGGCAGAGUUCCCAUGAACAUCGAGACGAAGCUGAUCAACCAGCCGGAUCAACCGAUCAAAAUUGAAUUCAGGUCGAGGAAAACGUGAUCUGAUGUUUUUCAAUCAAUAUGCAAUUCUGAGUAGGGUAUAUGUACCAUUCCUUGGCCUAAUUUGCAAGCCGCCUUGACAAUUUUGACCAUAACUCAGGAAAUAAUAGCACUGGAAAUAAUAUGUUGAGCAUAUUACACACUCUAGGCAUUGCAUGUUUCAUCAUUUGGAAGUAAACUAACGUAAAUAUUCAAGAAUUUACUUAAAGAAGUUGAAAAGAUUCGAUGCGAUGGUAUGCAACGUUGGUCUAUGGUACAAAAAUUGGCCUAUUAGUGGAUACAACGUUGGCCUAUUGCUUUCUACGCACUAGAACCACUAAUUAUCUCAUUUUUCAAUAUUUCUGCUGUAGUAUUAUCUCUGUUUGUUCACCAAUCUUAAUUUUAAAUUACAUAUUAUGCCUCUCAAGAAAAAUCAGAAUAUGGCGAUUAUCUGUCUCUGGCUUCUGAUAUCAGCGCGACAGUCACUAAUCAUAACAGCGUCACCAGAUUUAAAAGUAUAUAAUUCCACUAUAUGGGGUUUGACAGCAAGAACACUCAUUCCACUGAGCUACUCUUGCCGUUCGUCACAAAUACAUUCAAAAACAUCUGUCACUUCGCGAAACCCACGUGCUUUUGUUUUUGGCGGGAUCACUUUUUCUUUUGUUUUGCCUUGCGACUGUCACGCGGCGGUAUGCCUUGCGAGCGUACGACCGCCGCAGGACUCUAAUAAAAGAUAAGCGCGACAAUAUUUGGAGCCAAAUUUUCAAAAAAGUAUAAAUAAAUCACUUAAACUUAAGUUCUUUUUUAAUUUAGUAACGAAAGCAACGCAACCCUAUUAUUGUGUUAUAUUUUUACAGUCACCGCACACAAAAUCUUUCUUCCUGUUCGUUCUUUCUGGUUCUUACGCAAACAAUGUUGUGACGUCACUUUAUCGGUGUUUUUGACGUCACUUUACUGAUGGGCCAAGAUUUGUGUACAUAGUGAAAAAAAUGUCCUCAAUAUUCGGCCCACAUUCAAUUUGUGAAAUAGUUAUUAUUCGUCGA